AUGCGAUUUACACUUUGGGCGCUAAUUGGCGUGCUCUGCCUUGCCUACAGCUACGCCGCUGCAGUGGAUAAGAGCACGGACGAUACUCCAGUUAGUUUGCUUGAUGUAGAUUCCGAAGGACACGCCAACGAAGGAUCUCGUGAAGCUCGCCAAUGGGGAGGCUGGGGACCAUAUGGCGGUGGUUAUGGCGGGGGUUGGGGCCGUGGAUGGGGUGGUGGUUGGGGCGGAGGUUGGGGUGGAGGCUGGGGUCGUCGUUGGGGCGGUGGUUGGGGUGGUCCUUGGGGCUGGGGCCGCUAA